UAAACAUAGACCAAAUUUUAAAUCUACUAUUUCGUUGAACAAUUAACUUAAAAUUGCCGUUACUCAGUAUUAUUGUGUGGUAAGAUCGUCUCUCGAAAAAUUAUGACACUCAGCGACAAAAAUCCAGAACUGGUUCCCAUUUCAAAUGUCAUCGGUUUAGCAUCUCAACGACCUCUUAGUACAUUUCUUGAGAUGUGGUACCAAACGUUCUUAUGGGCAUUGUUUUCAUCUACAGUUGUUCAUGCUGUGGCUGCAAUAAUUGCAUUUGCUACACUCCAUAAGCAUAAUUUUGGAAAGUUUUUUCCUCUAUUCAUUUUAAUGGUUGGAAUAUUUGCUCCACUUAGUUCCGGUAUAGUGAGUAGUGCUACUAUAGCAUUUGUCUACCGAGCAUCUAGUAUUCAAAUGCAACCCCUAUAUGCAAUGUUUUGGGGAGUUGGGCAAACAUUACUGUCAGCUGCUGUUGGUUUUACAAGAAUAUUAGCUACUUUAUAAAAUAAUUUAAACAUAUUUGUAUAUAGUCUGUAAAUACAAAUGGUUGUAUAUUUAUGUGUACCUAUAUAUUAAUAAAUAUUAAUUGUAA